CAUAGCCAGAAAUUAAAACUUCCUCAAGAUUUUCCCAAAGUAACAGGCAUUUCUGCAGUACCCUUAAAGUCUUCAGCAACUGUUUUUCCCUUCCAGUGAAACCUGUUUGGUAUUAUUACACUAAGUUCUGAUUCACCAGUGUUUAUGAUGUGUAUAGGUUAAUGCAAUCAUGCAUUGUUUGUCAUCACAAGUCCAUUUCCAGACAAAGAAAAAUGCACACAGGGAUGAACAGCUAUUUGAAAAGCAUGAAGCCCUCUUGACUUUUAAAGGAAUUUACUGUAGUGAAUAAUGCUUGUGUAUAUCCAUUUAAAUAAGAAGAUUUUAAGAUUAUAAAUCAAGCUAAGGCAGUGUAUCUCAACUUUUUAAUUACAGAAAGAGGAGGUUCCACUAUAAUUAUAUGUUGUAUGAUUAAAAUACUUCCAUUUAUAAUUUGUUGGUUACAUGUUUCGCUGCAAGACAGUACUGUAUGUCUAUUUAAACAUGAACAGAUGCAAAAAAAAAAACCCCAGCCCCAAAUCUACUUAAUGUUCAGCUACUGAACACUUCCACAGAAUAUACUUUGGAAAUGCUCAUCAGUUAAAUUCUGUAGACUAUUUACUGCCCGAGAAAUACUCCAUUACCAUUCAAUUCUUGAGAUCAUUUUAUAACAUUUCAUUUAAUAAUAACUUUUCACCUUUUGGCAUCUAACCAUGGCCAUAAACAUGACAAAUUUAUCUAUCUAAUUUUCAAAUACAGUCUAAAGAAAGGCUAGGAAUGGCUUGCGUUAGUGGAACAAUGGUAUAAUGGGUCAAUCAUCACUGCAUGUGUAAUGAGAAAAUAUUGCAACAAUUAAGAGUUGUUCUUUUCUCUCUGAGAUUUGCAAGCAACAACAAAAAAUAAUGGCUGUGCUGAAAUAAGGCUUGGCUUGGUUUAGUUUCAAGGAUAAGCAAUGUUCAUAUAAAUCAUAGUUUUCAUAGUUUAGGAUUGACAACUCAUCCUGUUACUGCAAACAGUAAUAUUAAGGAUGUGGAGGUGCUUGAGUGAGUCCAGAGGAAGGCCACAAAGGUGCUCAGAGGGCUGCAGCACCUCUCCUAUGAGGACAGGCUGAGAGAGUUGGGCUUGUUCAGCCUGGAGAAGGCUCCAGAGAGACCUGACAGCAGAGAUGGAGCUGCCCUCACAAUUCACUGUUCUGGACAAUAAACUGAAGAGACAGAAGUGAGGCAUUUAGUCUCAGCGAAAGCUAUUUAAUACUAACUCUGCAGAUAUACGCAUUAAUUUUAUCUAUGUCCUGCUCCUAGCGGUUUCUUCAGUGGCUCACUAAACGUUACUCUUCUCUCACAGUGUUUAACCGGCCUUCUCUGCGGGGCUCGGCGCUGCGCGUUGUAGGGAGCACACAGAACCGCGCCCGUCCUGAGGUAACGGCGCGCGCCGCCACAGCCGCGCCGCGCGCCCUGACCGGGCUCAGCAGCGACCCCGGCACACCGCGGGGCCGCUCCCGCCGCCGCAGCGCACGGCACGGCCCGGGCGGGGCAGGGCGGCGCUGCCCCGGCUCCUGAGCUGUGCCUCGGAGCUCUUUGUUCCUACCCUGGCGGGCUGAGGCUCCGCUCCCGCUAGGUCUCCGUGCCGGCAGGGCCGCCCCGCCGCCGUGUGGAGUGGGGGCUGCGCUUCAGUGAACAGGGGCUACGAAAUGGCCGUCGCCAUUUGCCAUGCAGUCAGCUAGCGCUCAGAGACGGGCAGGGGCUGUCGCCUCUCUGAGGGAGUCGGUGCCGGCAGGGCUCGUCACUACCGCCGGGGACACGCCUCUCCCCCGAGACGAGAGAAGUCUGCUCUGCGCUCCGGGGAGGGGAAGCGACCUCCGGCCCCGUGACAGGCCGCGGCGGGCGCUGCGCUGAGGAGGGGCUCCUGGGCUGCCUGGGGCCCACUUCUGCAGUGCCACACAAGGGCUGCUGCUGAGGCUGUGCGGGUGACCUGCCUCUGCAGGUGUCCUGCUUCUCGUGUUUUUAACAAACCUAUAGUUCUUGCAAACUUCCCUUCCCUAGAGGUGAAAUACAAGAGAGGAGAAAGAUGAGAGGAGAGCCUAUGGAUCAGCAGCAGAAAAGGAGGAGGAGAAGAAAAACCUUGUACAAACCCUGAGCGUAACUGGUCAGGUUUAUUGCUCAGAGAGACAGUACCUUUUGCUGAGUCCAGCAUAUGGCCAACAGGAGCUAUGUCAGCAGUUGAGAACAAAGCAAGUCCUGAAGCAAACUGGAAUAGGAAGCCAUUAUAUGGAUUGUUUCAAUAUAAUUCCAGUAUGAUUGGAUUAGAAUCAUUAGCCGAUCCCUCAGAUACCUGGGAAAUUAUAGAGACUAUUGGGAAAGGCACCUACGGUAAAGUCUAUAAGGUUGCCAAUAAGAAAGACGGGAGUCUGGCAGCAGUAAAGAUUCUGGAUCCUAUCAGUGAUGUAGAUGAAGAAAUAGAAGCAGAAUAUAAUAUUUUACAGGUUCUUCCAAAUCAUCCUAAUGUUGUUAGAUUUUACGGGAUGUUUUACAAAGCAGAUCAUUAUGUGGGAGGACAGCUCUGGCUAGUACUUGAGCUGUGCAAUGGAGGUUCUGUCACAGAGCUUGUCAAAGGCCUGCUGAAGUGUGGCCAACAGUUGGAUGAAGCUAUAAUCUCAUACAUCUUAUAUGGUGCUCUCUUGGGCCUUCAGCAUUUACACAAUAACCGGAUCAUUCAUCGUGAUGUGAAAGGGAACAACAUUCUCCUGACAACAGAAGGUGGAGUCAAGCUCGUUGACUUUGGUGUUUCAGCCCAGCUCACCAGCACACGGCUGCGUAGAAACACCUCAGUGGGAACGCCCUUUUGGAUGGCACCUGAGGUCAUUGCUUGUGAACAACAGUAUGACUACUCAUAUGAUGCUCGAUGUGACGUGUGGUCCUUGGGAAUAACAGCUAUUGAACUGGGGGAUGGAGACCCUCCCUUAUUUGACAUGCAUCCGGUGAAAACCCUUUUUAAAAUUCCAAGAAAUCCUCCUCCUACUUUGCUACAUCCUGAAAAAUGGUGCAGAGGAUUCAACCAUUUCAUUUCACAGUGUCUUAUCAAGGAUUUUGAAAAGCGUCCUUCAGUCACCCAUCUUUUGGAGCAUCCAUUUAUUAAACAAGUACAUGGUAAAGAUAUGUCUCUGCAAAAACAGCUGGCUGAGCUCAUUCAAGAACAACAGCAGCUAGGCUCUGUAGCCAAAACAAGGCAUGAACGAAUACAUACUAGAAGACCUUACCAUGUGGAUGGAGCUGACAAAUACUCUCUAGAUGAUGAUCUGGUAAAUCUAGAAGUUCUAGAUGAGGAUACAAUUAUCCAUCAGCUGCAGAAACGCUAUGCUGACUUACAAAUUUAUACUUAUGUUGGAGACAUUUUAAUAGCCUUAAACCCCUUCCAGAAUCUCAGCAUUUAUUCUCCCCAGUUCUCCGAGCUUUACCAUGGUGUGAAGCGUUCAUCAAAUCCCCCCCACAUAUUUGCCUCUGCGGAUGCUGCCUACCAAAGUAUGGUUACAUUCAGCAAAGAUCAGUGCAUUGUCAUCAGUGGGGAAAGUGGUGCUGGAAAGACAGAAAGUGCCCAUCUGAUCGUCCAACAUUUGACCUUCUUGGGAAAGGCCAAUAACCGUGCUUUGCGUGAGAAAAUUCUUCAGGUAAAUCCUCUGGUUGAAGCAUUUGGAAAUGCCUGCACUGCCAUCAAUGACAACUCAAGUCGCUUUGGAAAAUAUCUGGAAAUGAUGUUUACACCCACAGGAGCUGUAAUGGGGGCAAAGAUUUCUGAAUAUCUACUUGAAAAAUCAAGGGUCAUAAAACAGGCUGUGGGAGAGAAAAAUUUCCAUAUCUUUUAUUACAUUUAUGCUGGCCUUUAUCAUCAGAAGAAGCUUUCUGAAUAUAGACUUCCUGAUAAAAAGCCUCCUAGAUAUAUUGAUAAUGAAACUGGAAAAGUAAUGCAUGAUAUUGUUACUAAAGAUUCCUAUGGAAGACAGUUUGAAGCAAUUCAGCAUUGCUUUAGAAUUAUAGGAUUCACUGAUGAGGAAGUGUACUCAGUGUACAGAAUUCUGACUGGGAUCUUAAAUACUGGAAAUAUUGAAUUUGCUGCCAUUUCUUCACAACACCAAACAGAUAAAAGCGAAGUUCCCAACCCAGAAGCCUUAGAUAAUGCUGCUGCACUACUAAGUAUUGGGUCAGAAGAACUUCAAGAGGCCCUAACCUCCCACUGUGUUGUAACACGAGGGGAGACUAUUAUCCAAACAAACACCGUGGACAAAGCAGCUGACGUGCGAGAUGCCAUGUCUAAAGCACUUUAUGGCCGGCUCUUCAGCUGGAUCGUAAAUCGUAUUAAUACGCUGCUUCAGCCAGAUAAAAAUAUAUGCAAUACUGAAAAUGGGAUGAAUAUUGGGAUACUAGACAUAUUUGGAUUUGAGAACUUCGCAAGAAAUUCCUUUGAACAGCUGUGCAUAAAUAUCGCUAAUGAACAGAUUCAGUUUUAUUUCAAUCAACAUAUCUUUGCACUUGAGCAGAUGGAAUAUCAGAGUGAGGGAAUUGAUGCUACUACAGUAGAGUAUGAGGACAACCGUCCACUUCUAGAUAUGUUUCUCCAGAAACCCAUGGGUCUCCUGUCUCUACUAGAUGAAGAAAGUCGAUUUCCUCAGGCAACAGACCUAACUUUAGUUGAUAAAUUUGAAGGCAAUUUACGAUGCAAAUACUUUUGGAGACCAAAAGGAGUAGAAUUGUCAUUUGGUAUUCAGCACUAUGCUGGAAAGGUGUUAUAUGAUGCCAGUGCAUUCCUUGAGAAGAACAGAGAUACUCUUCCUGCUGACAUAGUGGUGGUGUUGCGAACUUCAGAGAACAAACUUCUUCAGCAGCUGUUCUCUAGCCCAUUAACAAAAACAGGUAACUUGGCACAAGCAAGAGCCAGAGUGACAGCAGCAUCUAGGUCGUUGCCUCCACAGCUUAGUGCUGGGCGUAUCAAGUCUCCUAAAUAUCUCCUGAAGGUUGACACAAUGGAGGUUAUGCGACAUCCUGAAGAAACAACUAACAUGAAGCGGCAAACUAUGGCUUCCUAUUUUAGGUACUCCCUCAUGGAUCUUUUAUCCAAAAUGGUUGUUGGACAGCCUCACUUUAUUCGCUGCAUUAAACCUAAUGAUGGUCGAGAAGCACUGAUGUUUUCUCAUGAGAGAGUUCUACUGCAGCUACGAUACACUGGAAUUCUGGAAACUGUCAAAAUACGUCAAAAAGGGUAUUCUCAUCGCAUCCUCUUUGACGAGUUUGUGAAAAGGUAUUAUUACCUUGCAUUCAAGGCACACGAGACUCCCCUUGGUAACAGAGAAAACUGUCUUGCCAUUUUGGAGAAAUCUAAACUAGACAACUGGAUUCUUGGGAAAACCAAGGUUUUUCUAAAGUAUUACCAUAUAGAACAGUUGAAUUUGUUCCUGCGAGAAGUUAUAGGAAGAGUGGUGGUCAUGCAAGCCUAUAUCAAGGGAUGGCUUGGAGCAAGGAGGUACAAGAAAGUCAAAGAGAAAAGAGAAAACAGUGCUGUUAUCAUACCGUCAGCCUGGAGAGGAUAUGAAGCUCGCAGGAAGUACAAGGAAAUAAGGAACAGAAGAACUGAUGCUGCUAUACAUAUUCAAGCAGCUUUCAGGGGAUACAUUGCUCGUAAAAGCUACACAAGAUUGAAAAACAACCCUGGCUGUGUAGCAGAUCCUCAGCUUAUGAGCAGCUGUUCUACUUCUGAAUUUGGCUGUGAAGAGCACUGGCAGCAAACCAGUAACCAGUCUUCUCCUGUGGUGCCUGAUUUUCUUGACAAACAAACAAAAAAGAAUGAUUUGGAUGAGAUUUCUGCUUCUCCAUUUAUUCAAAAACACUCGUUCAAAAUGAAUGUUUCACAACCAAUUAGCCAAUCCCGAUCAGUUGCAGAGCAUCAGUUGUCAAGUCCCUUGAGAUCCCAUAAGAAAGGAGGUUCAGAAAACUGUCUUGAACAGAAGCUGAGAACACCUCGUCGACGAUGUCAGCAGCCCAAAAUGCUGAAUAGCCCUGAGGACAACAUGUACUAUAACCAGUUAAAUGGAACUCUAGAAUAUCAAGGGAGCAAGAGGAAGCCAAGAAAACUUGGCCAAAUCAAAGUGCUGGAUGGCGAGGAUGAGUAUUACAAAUCAUUGUCAGCUGUUGAAUCUGUCCCUGAAGAUGACAGCUUUCUUAGUUCCCCAUCUCCUCCUUCUUCAAGAGGUGUGUCUUUUGCUCAAAGCUGAACCUCACUUACUCUAUUGACUAAUACUGGUAAGAGAAUUUUCAUGUUUGUAAUCUCUUCCAAUUAACUUUGUACGUGUGUGUUUAUAUAAUAUGUAAUAAAAUACAAUUUCAGCUAGUAACCUUCUUUCACUAAUUUAGACCUCGUUUUGCAGCUGUAGUUUGUCCCAUUCAGCUGAAUUUCUGUAAGCAAUUCCAGUAAAGGGGAGCAGCACUACCUUACCUGUAUGUGUUGAUGUUGCUAACGGAUACGAUUCUUUAGCAGCAAGGUUAGUUUACACAGUUCCCACCCCUUCUUCCCUGCUCCCCUGGCUGCUGUUCCCACCCUGUGCCAUCCCUUCUGUUGUGCUGGCACAACUGCUGGUAGAGCUGUGUGAAAAAUGAGAUCAAGGAACUUAUUGAACUGGAUUAAAAGAACUCUGUACUAAAAAUUUUCAUUUGGGGUCAUAGUGAAAAUGUUUUGUAUUCCAUUAGACUGAUAUUAAACAUCCGUUAUAACUUUC